CCAGCACAUGUAGGACCGUUGGUCUAUCUCUGCCCCCUCCCUAUCUGUGUCAUUCUCUCCUGCUUUCUCACACACACAGAUCUUGUUGAAAACCACUUACAUUUCACACCCUAAUUCAGUCUUUUAGCAGACAUGCAGGAAAAGAUACUGCACUUGCUGUCAUUGUGUAGUUGUAAGUGAGGAGGGGAGCACCAGUCUGAUACCCCCAACAGCGUGGAUUUCUCUCUUUAUUCCGGAGGAUUUCUCCCAAGAAGAUUCUCCUGUUCUAUGAAGCUCAGAUCAGUCCCAAGGCGGGCUGGAGGGGGUUCAUGCAGUCAUCAAGGGAGAGGAUACUGGUUCAAGUCCGAGCUGGAUGGAUGGGUAUGGGGAGAGGGGCAGGACCCACAGCCCUGGGACUCUUCCAAGUCGUCACCGUCGCUCUUUGUGUGUUUCCCGCAGUCAGUUUUCAGUGCAGGAUCCUGAAGUGUACGUCUGAGUUCUGGGCAGCGACCUCUGGUUCUCAUCAUACUGGAACUGACGAAGCACCAGAGUACUGCACUGCACUCCGUGCUUAUGCACACUGCACAAGGCGCACAGCCCGCACUUGCCGGGGGGACCUGGCCUUUCACUCUACUGUCCAUGGGAUAGACGACCUCAUGACCCAGCACAAUUGCUCUAAAGAUGGCCCUACAUCAGCACCUCGGCUUCGCACUUUGCCUACAGGGGACAGCCAAGAGAGAUCUGAUAGCCCUGAAAUUUGCCAUUAUGAGCGGAGCUUUCAUAAGCACUCUGUACCUCCCAACUAUACCCACUGCGGAUUCUUUGGGGACCCCCACCUUCGGACGUUCACAGACAGUUUCCAAACAUGUAAGGUGCAAGGUGCCUGGCCACUUAUUGACAAUAACUAUCUAAAUGUGCAGGUCACCAACACACCUGUUUUACCUGGAUCACCAGCCACAGCAACAAGCAAGCUUACAAUUAUUUUCCGAAAUUUCCAAGAUUGCAUCGAAAAUAAGGUAUAUCAAGCUGAGACGGAUGAACUUCCUGCUGCCUUUACAGAUGGUUCCAGGAAUGGAGGAGAUAGACAUGGUGCCAACAGCCUGAAAAUUACAGAGAAAGUUCCUGGUCAGCACAUUGAGAUCCAGGCUAAGUACAUUGGUACUACUAUUGUUGUGCGCCAGGUUGGUCGUUACCUGACCUUUGCAGCGCGAAUGCCAGAAGAAGUAGUGAAUGCAGUUGAUAAAGACAACCAAGGUCUUUACCUUUGCUUGUGGGGCUGUCCUGUCAGUCAGCAGAUUGAUUUUCGGACCUUCCGUGCACGAGCGGCUGAUACUAACACACUGCCCCGCAGAAGAGGAUCCACUUCUACAGACGCCUUCACAUAUGAGACAGCUACUUCAAAAUGUAAAGAAAAGCUCCCUGUGGAAGAUUUGUACUUCCAGUCCUGUGUUUUUGAUUUAUUGACCACUGGGGAUGUGAACUUUACUUUAGCUGCUUAUUACGCCUUUGAGGAUGUGAAAAUGUUACACUCAAAUAAAGAAAAAAUUCACAUUUUUGAAAGAACAGGUGGUGUUGCCCCAGGAGGUUCUGCCAUAGAACAUACACUCAGCAUACCAGUACUCCUGAUUUCAUUGUUAUGGUUGCAGUUCUGCUUAAUGCAUCCAUAAUUGCUUGUGGUUUGUCUCUCAACCUUCAGAAAUGGAAGGAAAAUAAAUCAGUACAUGCACUGUUGGGGUCACAAAUGACUGAUUAUUCAGCCAUCACAGCAUCAUUUUGGCAGCUAAUCCACAAAUGCUACUUUGUCCAUUAAGUCUUUGUCCAAGGGGGCAGCAUUAUGCAGGACAACCAUUUCUAUCUCCUUUGAAUCAUUUUGCUGCUGCCUAAAAACAACAUUGAGAUAAUUUUCACAUUACAUGUUUUUACUUUAUUUGGUUGCAUAAAUUAUUAAAGACAAAAAUGUUAUACCUGGCACUGCCUGUUUAUAAUGACUUAACUGUUUUGUGAAAUGCAGCUUGCAUCUUGAGAAAUGAGUGUAGUUAUUAAACAUUUACCCAAAGAAAAUGUGAUAGUAAUGUUGUAUAAUACAAUUUCAAACUGAAAUCCAUAGAAGCUGUCUAAAUUCAGAAAGGGUAAAACCUGCUGAUGGUGGGUAGAAGAGCUAGUAAAGUUAGUGUUAUUUGUUGACCAUUCUUUUUUUCAUGGCCUGACAGAUGGUUUGUUGAAAUUUUGGCUGUUUAUAUUCAUGGCACUUCAAAAAGAAACAGUGUCUUGAGCCAGAAAGUAGCAGGUAGCUAACUUCUGUCUGUGGUUGAAGUGGGGUAAAUGUUAGUUACACAUCGCCAGCGAAUUGGUACCAGCAGCCAUUGUUCUUGCUGUACUGCUUCCUUUUAUUAUUGUAUGUUGUGACUGGCAUUUAAAAGCUCCUAGCACUACAUAAUUGAGCAAGUGUUUUGUGCUUGUUUGUAGUGGUGUGGUUUGCAUUUUGUAAAUGAUAGAAGGAAUCCAUUGCUCUCCAUUGCUCAGGUAAUGCAUUAAGUGACCAUGCAUAUACCUUGGAUGCUGUAGGUAUUGGCAGGUAUAAUGUUGUCAUAGCAUUGUAGUAUAAAGAGCUUUGCAAAAGGGUGAUUGUACAAAAGUCCAGCUUGUGUUAUUGGAUGUAAUUUAUGUCUUGUAAUAUAUAGAGCAGAUACACUUAAACUUGUGAUUGUAUAUAUGGAGAGUUGUACCUUGGCAAAAUCUAUUUCCAUGUAUUUUGUGAAUUGGUUUCCUUAUACAAAAUGGUGUGCUACAUUUAUUAUAUGUAAUGUUGGCAGUGGGUGUUAAAGAGAGGGAGAGAGACGCCUCACACUGGUUUAAUGAACAAACUUUAAAAAAUUACAUUAUGAUGACUGGUAAAAACCUUGUGCCACCCAAAUUCUGAAACACCUGCCUAACACUGAAAAUUGAUGGAAAGCAGUAUUGUACCAUCUUUUAAACCCCCAGCACCUUUAUGCAUUGUUUCAGAAUACCCAGACUUUUUUAUUUUCAUUUUAAUGUUUUCCCCUUUUUACAAUCUGGGUUCAUGAACUAGUCACGAAUAUGAUACAGAAAUUCUGUUUUAUUUGGGACGAAGGAUGGUCGUACAUUGUCUGCUCUUUUUACAUGUUACCUAUUAUUAUAUUUAGGUAUGUUAGAUCUUUUAAGAGAGAGCAUAUGACUGCUGACAAAUAUAAAAAUAAUUUGCACAGUUAAGGCUAGACUAAGUUGAGGGAUUAUUAUAAUUAAAUCAGAUAUAUGAUUUUUUUUUUUUUAAUGGGAGUUUUUAUAGCAUUUUUUUCAUCCUUAUUUUGGCCUAGGUAGAAGUGUGCUUUCAUCAUUCUUCCAAAUGUACAUCCUUGCAUUUUAAUUUUUCCUCUUUUACUCUUGUUAAAGGGGUAAAGUUGGAAAGAGCAUGGUAUGAACCAUUGCAUUUUACCAUAAGGCAUUCUGAUUCAAUCCUAGUCACUUCAGUCAGGCCAGCAGCAAAAGCCGAGAAGAAAUAGCAAAGAAUGCUAUAUUUCAUUUAUUGAAGUUCUGGUUGCUCAUGGUAACAUGGUGCUAAAGUAUCAACAUGGAAACAUUUUGGCCAAGUUUCCAAACCAGCACUCCUGGUUACACUUAUCUGUGUACCAAAUGUAGAGUGCCUAUACAAGUGUAUUUUAUAAAAACAUUUUUACAGCUUAAAUGCAACUUAUGUUUUAAUGCAGUGUUUGAAGGUUGGUUGUGGCUAGAGUCUGAAGCAUAUCAUUUGUUCAUGAGGAGUAAAAUUGAUUAUAUUUUUUUAUAUUCUGAUGUGACCCACUGGUGUGCUAAGACCCUUCAGACAGAGUUUUUGGGAACAGCCAGAGAACUGUGCUCUGGUGUAGUGAUUUAGUCAUACAGCACACAGUUUAAUACCUUGAUCAUUAGAGUAGUGGGAUACAUGGGAAGAUGAGUCUUGUCCUCUAGUUCAGCAAGUGAAUUCCCAUUUCCUCUACAUGAAUACAAGCCAAACCAAAAUUUGAUUCACCCUCGAAAAUAUACACCUUUGUGUCAGGGAUCUUGCUUUUGGUGACUCAAUUAAAGCCCUAAACCCUCCACAAGUUAUACAGCAGAUUACAAUGUGUGUAACUGUUGGAAAAAGGUAGGUGGUGGAGGCAUGUAUGAAAUAAUUCAAUAUGGCUAUCAUCAUUUGUUAUGCUUGAAUAAUAAUAAUUACUUGUGUAAGUAGCACUUGGUCUUGCUCUACCUUAAUUUCCAAGAAUAAGUAAACAAAGUUAUGCAUGCUCGUCGGCGAGCGGGAUUUUACAAUGAUAUAUUCCACCAUGUCUUCACCAGUGUUUUGCACUAAAAUGAGCAACUUAGUAGCAGUUUUAUUGCAGGAAAAUGUGUGAAAGCCAAUGUAAUCCAGUUAGGUUUUGUCGAAAUUAGGUGUGGCAGAACAUAUAGGAAGUUAUGUUUGUAACUAAUAAUGUGUGCCCUUUAUGGAAUGAUAUUCUUCUUUUGACCCCCCCCCCCACAUACACACACAAAAAGGUCUCAGCAGGUUUACUGUAUCGCACAUGGUUAUGUGCAUGAAUAAUGGACAGUGUCCUGUCCUGCAGUUAUUGUUUGCUGAGGUCCUCUUUUGCUUGUACUGAAACGUUUUUCAUACACUGUGAUGCCAUAUCUUGAGCAUGUUAAACUGAGUAAGAAUGAGUAACGAGAACAAAUCUAAUAUACGGAAAAAAAAAAGGCUUUCAGCAACAACGAGAAGUUGUUUUCUUGUUGUCAAAAUGACUUUUGAAAUUUUGAAGUACUGACCAUUUCAAAAAUCUUUGAUAUUGAAAAAAGAAUGCCAACUUUGUCUCAAUAAAAAGCAGGUGUUGCCUUUUGGGUGGGCAAGCGUAUUUAAUCUGCAGAAGAAAGUAAACCCGUUUUGCCAUACCAAAUUCUCCAUAUUAUUCAGUGUUGUGACUUCCCAGUUUUACGUAAAGCACUUUAUUUGGAUUGUAUUUGAGUUCUGGUUAGUUGUUAAACUGUAAGUUGGUGUGCACAGCACCCUGAUGAGGGCAAAACUGAUGUUUUGUAUAUGUAUGUAAAUAUAUAUAUAAAAGAGAACAUUUCAGCUAUGUACUAUGUAUGUAGAACUGUGCAGUGUUGCUACAUGUACAUAAUGUAAAUUAUUUAUUGAUCUGAAAAACUCAAGUAAAGUUUUUUUUGAAA